CCUCUCCCUCCGCCAUCUUGAGAUCGCUGCUUUGUUGAGUUCAGACAACGACAGUCAUCUUGCCAUACCCGAAAAAUGACCGACCAGCUCUGCAAACUUUUCGUCGGUGGGCUCAACGUGGACACCGACGACGAUGGGCUGCGCAAGCACUUCGAGCAGUUCGGCACCCUCACCGACUGCGUCGUCGUCGUGAAUAAGCAGCUGCAGAGGUCUCGCUGCUUUGGCUUUGUGACCUACUCUACGCCGGAGGAGGCCGACGCAGCCAUGGCUGCAAGGCCGCACACGGUCGACGGCAACGCGGUCGAGGUUAAGCGAGCUGUUGCAAGAGAAGACGCCAACAGGCCCGAAGCUCUUGCCAAGGUGAAGAAAAUCUUCGUCGGGGGCUUGAAAGACGACAUCGAAGAAGACCACCUCACCGACUACUUUUCCCAGUACGGCCAAGUUGAGAAAUCCGAAGUCAUCUCCGAGAAGGAGACCGGAAAGAAAAGAGGGUUCGGCUUUGUGUACUUCACAGACCACGAUUCGGCAGACAAGGCCGUCGUAGUGAAGUUCCACACGGUCAAUGGACACAAAGUUGAGGUAAAGAAGGCUCUGACCAAGCAAGAGAUGCAGGCAGCCAGCAGAACCGGAAUGGCGCCGAGAGGCAGACCAGGCCGAGGCAUGAGGGGAAACCAAAAUGGCUACGGCGGCAGGGAUUAUGGCGGAAACUACGGCUAUGGAAAUGGCGGAGGAUAUGGCGGUUACGGGGGGUACGGCAGCCCAUACGGAGGCGGCUAUUCCGACCAGGGAAGUGGUUACGGAGGCGGGAAUGGCUACAACGACUUUGGUAGCGGCUAUGGCCAGCACUCCUCUGGUUACGGCCCGAUGAAAGGGCCCUUCGGCGGCCAAAGAAGCUCCGCUCCCUACACCAGAGGCGGAGGCGGCGGGGGCUACUCCAGGGGAGGCUAUGGCGGCGGCUACUAGGCCCAGAGCUGCAUCGGAGAGAAACAACCCCACUUCCUACCACGAAUGAACCACCCCAACAAGGUUUUGAACGCAAAAUAAUCUCUGCUGUCAAUUCCAACUACGGCAGACGAUAAGGACAAAAAGAUCCCCUAUUCAUAAAGAAGACCUCCAAAUCCCCAAACAGGUAGGAAGGUCACGUCCCAGAACACCUGAUUUAAAAACGAACAGAGGUUGUUUCGUUCAACUAGGACACACAAAACCAGAAGAUUUAAACGUGCAGGACCCCCCUCUUUUAUGAACCCACACAGGCAGCGUGUGGUUGUCGUGUAGAGUUGGAAUAUAUAUAUUUUUUUGUUUUUUUCUUUUUUUAUUUGCGUUCACUCGUGUUAAAACCUUCGAUGUAGGAUUGUUUUCCUGAUGAUUAUUUUAAUAUUUGCAGUUUUAAAAAGUUGGAUUCUUUUUUUUUUUUCAGCAGUAAAAUUAGUGUGACUAUUCAUUGUGUGACGAUAAAAAAUGUUUGAUUUUCUUAUUAGACAUGUUAUACUGGACAUCGAUUGUGUAUGAUUUCUUUGGUCUUUCAGCGACGGCGACACGUGAUCCUUAAAGGUCUAGCCUCCUUGUUUUCUUCAUCCAAAUGUAAACUCCACACGUAUAGUUUCAGUCUUAAUGUUCAUCUUUAUUACCUGUAGCAGUACCUAAUGUAUAUUGUAAUCCCUCAUGUCUGGAGAACAAACAAUGUUGGAACACUUUGGUAUGCUUAUGUAUGUUCAUUUUAAAUAAAACGAUAUACCACUUA